AUGGCGCGCAUCAGUCCCGAGCUCCUCGCGCGUAUCAUGAUAGAGAUCGGGGUGCUACCAGAUCUGGGGGGCGAGUGCACGGCGUGCCAGUGCGAGACAAUGGAGUUGAAGCUUCGGGGCGGCCAGUCGGACAAGGACAUCCAGGUGGCGGGCUUCAGCAUACCUCAAAUGGAUUAUCCGAUUUGGCGCUGUUCCAAUUGGGAUUGCCAGAGGCGCGGGUCGAACCUCGACCCGAAGGGCCCUCUGAAGGAGUUGUUCAACAAGGGCUCCGUGAACACCACCCGCACCCUCCUCGCCAUCGCCCAUGCAGCAACCCAGCAUGCCUCGGGCUACGAGUCGUCGGACGAAAUGGCUGUGCAGGCUGAGCAGGACGACUUUGUGUGGCCUCGCGGGUGCCUCGUUGAGGCCGACGAGCGCCAACUGGCGAUGUUUUUCGAGCUGCCCCAGCGGACCUGCGCCGCUGGGGGAAGCGGCGUUUCACUCAGUGGGCCCGAGUGCGACGAGAUCCUCUCUUGGGUUCUCGUGCCUGGCAAUUUCACGCUUUUGACGGAUGGCGCGGGCGCGUGCCAGUCCGUAGCACCGAAAAGCCGUGCUGCUUACAGCGACAAGAGCAAAGACCCUCCUCGUUUCAAUGCUGACCGCUUCAAGCUGCAUUAUAAGCAUCUGAAGCUAUCGCACGGCAUAGUUUCUCACGAUGCAGAACAGUGGGCCGUCGUCGACCGCGUGCGCGUCGUGCGCCCGAACGGGCGCACCGAGACUCUUCAUUUGGAAAAAGGCACGCAGUGUUGCGAUGGCCUCUGGCCUGAGAUGCGCGACAGCAUCCCAGACAGCGUCCACACUUCAGACUGGGAGCGUUGCCGCUCGUACUUGUGGGCUUGGGUGUGGCGCAUGCGGAGGUCAGGCAACGACCUGCUCCAGGAGUUUGGCCAGUCUGUUCGCAGGGAGAGAG